AACUUUGUGAAAGUGUGGAAUAUCCCAACUAAUAGGUCAUGUUCCCAUCUCUUUUCUCUUGCCAAUAAUAGGGUGUCAAACUGUCAAGGUUCUCCAAUCUCCAUCUCUUGCGCGGAAGCUACCAAAUGAAUGAUUGUGAAGCUUCUUCGAAUGUGCCUGCGCCGCAGAAUAAUUAGAUACCACUUCUUUAAGAGUAGUACCGCAUCUAAUUUAGAAACAGAUUUCUUACUAGUCAACGCAGCUACAACAUCAAUGUCCGAUCUCAAAUGAAUAGUCAACAUUAUUUUAGUGUUUGUAUAAUGACUAUAAUCUAUAUAAUCUAAACUGUCUGAUGUGAAAUCAGUGACCAAGAUAAAUUACAACGUAAAACCAAAUCCAGGUACAUCUAGUUUCAAAACCAAAUAGAAAACUCUACAAAUAAACGAUUCUCCAUUCACUCUUCACACACACACACACACACCAUGAGAUCCUCAAUGUUUGGUUCUUUUUCUUCCUCAUUUACAAACAUUGGUUCAUCAUCAUCAUCAUGGUUUGAGCUAUAUGCUUCCUUCUCCACUUUCAUGAUGCUUUUAAGAACCGCAAUCAAUGAUCUCAUACCUUUAAGGCUUAGAACUUUCAUCAUCUCAAAGCUACAAUCUUUCUUCACAAAUUACCAACCCAACAAUCAAGUUUCACUUCAAAUUGAUCAGUAUUGGGAUGGAACUACCAACAAUCUUUUCUAUGCAGCCAAAGAGUAUCUCCCUACUAAAAUAUCCAACACUUACAAAUCCCUCAAAGUUGGAAAAUUACCCAAACAUAACAACAUAGUUCUAGCUUUUGAUGGAAAACAAACAGUGGUAGAUGAAUUUGAAGACAUCAAGGUUAAAUGGAAGCUUGUUAAAAAUUCUAACAAUGAUGAUCUUUUUGACAAUCCUAAAAAAGAAUAUAAGCAUAAGUCAUCAAAAGAUUAUGAGGAAAAUGGGUUUGUGUUAAGUUUUGAUGAGAAGCAUAGAGAUAAAGUAAUGGAGAAGUAUCUUCCACAUGUUUUAAGAACUCAUGAAGUUAUAAAAGCAGGACAAAGAACUCUCAAGAUUCAUUCGAUGCAAUCGGGGCCAUGGAAACAGAGUGAUUUAACACACCCUGCUUCAUUUGAUUCACUUGCUUUAGAACCUGAUCUAAAGAAAGCUAUUAUUGAUGAUUUAGAUAGAUUUUUGAAAAGGAAAACAUUGUAUAAAAAAGUUGGUAAGCCAUGGAAACGUGGUUACUUAUUGUAUGGUCCACCAGGAACAGGAAAAUCUAGUCUUAUUGCUGCUAUGGCAAAGUAUUUGAAAUUUGAUGUUUAUGAUUUAGAUCUAAGUUCUGUGUAUUCUAACUCAGAACUCAUGAGAGCCAUGAGGGAGACAUCUAACCAAUCCAUUAUUGUUAUUGAAGACAUCGACUGCAACAUAGAGGUUCUUGAUCGAUCAAAACCGGACAAGUACUCAGACUCUAUCUCUGGCACUAAGGUGGUUAAGACUAAGAGCAAGCCUAGGCGGUUUACUCUAUCCGGCUUGCUUAACUAUAUGGAUGGACUGUGGUCAAGUUGCGGAGAGGAACGAAUUUUGAUAUUUACUACAAACCAUAAAGACAAAGUCGAUCCAGCGUUGUUGCGCCCAGGACGUAUGGACAUGCAUAUUCAUUUGUCAUUUCUUAAAGCCAAGGCAUUCAAAAUCUUAGCUUCUAAUUAUUUGGACAUUGAAGGAAAUCAUCAACCACUCCUUGAACAAAUUGAAGAGCUAUUGGAAAGAGUAGAGGUUACCCCUGCAGUAGUGGCAGAGCAUUUGUUGAGAAGUGAAGAUCCUAAUGUUGCUCUCGAAGAAGUUAUUAAAUUUCUUCAAGAAAUUGAUGUUUCAAGAGUUGUUAUGGAUGAAGACUAUAGUCAGCAACAAUGUUCUGAGAACCAAAUCGAACAUCGAACUAGCAAGACCUCUAAGUUAUGGUUCAACUGCUUUAAACUACUCGAAUCAAAACAAAAACGCAAUCGAAGUGCUAAAAAAACUAAAUGAUAGAUAAUAUUCAUUCACAGUUCGAGCGGCUGAAUCGUCCGUAUCAGUUUUUAAAACAUUUGUCAUCUAGUUAAAAGAUAAGCACUACUUGUAUAUGGACUUGUUGAAUGCAAAAUGUUUGAAAUUUGAAUACAAAA